AUGCCAAUCUCCAUCGGUUCGGGAUCCGAACAAAUCCCAACCCUCUCGCCCGUGAUCUUCUCCAAAUACGAGACGAUCACGGCCUCCCGAUCCCUCGCGCGUGCCUUCUCUCGGGCCCUCGCCUUCGACUCCUGCUCGAGGCGCGCCAGCUCCUGCCUCCGCCAGUCCUCCUCCCGAGCCACCCUCUCCUCCUCCAUCCUCUCGAGCACCUCCCCCAACUUCCGGUGCAUUUUCUCCUGGUGCUCCACCACUUGCCUCAACAAGCUCUCGAAAAACUCCACCAUCGGGCUAAUCACACGCCCAUUAUUUUCCCGCGCAUUCUUUUUCCACUUUUUCCUAGAUUCGGGCGGUCGGGCAGCGGUCCCGGGCAGACUAUCGGUUUUUUCGCAAGGGCUUGUUUGGUUGACCUCAGCUGUGCCUAGUGGUGCGUAUAUGGCCUCCAGCUCGCCAAAGUGGGUUUUGCUUUUGGCGUCAUCCAAACAGAGAUUAAGAGAAGAAUACCAAAAGGAUAAUGGUUGUUCAACAAUGGACGGCGGCGAAUCUGAUUGA